GAGUCGCCGCAACGGGCGGGGCGGGGCGGGGCGGGGCGGGGCGGGGCCGAGCAAGUUUGUUCCCCGAGUUCGGAGCCCAGGAGCCCCCGCGGCUGCCGCGUAGGUGCCCUCGGCCUGAGUCGGGAUGGAGCUGCCUGCUGUGAACCUGAAGGUGAUUCUCCUAGGUCACUGGCUGCUGACAACCUGGGGCUGCAUUGUAUUCUCGGGCUCUUAUGCGUGGGCCAACUUCACCAUCCUGGCCUUGGGCGUGUGGGCUGUAGCUCAGCGGGACUCCAUCGACGCCAUAAGCAUGUUUCUGGGUGGCUUGCUGGCCACCAUCUUCCUGGACAUCGUGCACAUCAGCAUCUUCUACCCGCGGGCCGGCCUCACGGACACGGGCCGCUUUGGCGCGGGCAUGGCCAUCCUCAGCUUGCUGCUCAAGCCGCUCUCCUGCUGCUUUGUCUACCACAUGUACCGGCAGCGCGGGGGUGAGCUCCUGGUCCACACCGGUUUCCUUGGGUCUUCUCAGGACCGUAGUGCCUACCAGACGAUUGACUCAGCAGAGGCGCCCGCCAAUGCUUUUGCAGUCCCAGAGGGCAGGGGUCAAGAUGCCCGAGGGUACUGAAGCCAGCCACGCUGCGCCUGGCCCUGCCCCGGGCCUUCCUCGUGCCUGGGAGGUCGUUCUAGGGAUGCUCCUGACCUCCGUCUCUUGGACCUAAGAUGGAAUGUGUCCCCAGCUCAGGGAUUGCCUGAACCAAGAGGCCAGGAGCCCCCAUGGGCCGCCCAGUGCCCUGCACACUCGUGUCCCGAACUCCCUGAGGCCUCCCCUCCCUUCAGAGCACCCACUGGUUCCCAGGCUGGAACCACGGUCUCUCUUUACCUCGUACCCCAUCGUGGCACCACAGAGGCCCUCAGCCGAGUCCUGCCUGAGUGUUGCAAGCUCAGGUCUUUAAGGACUGCUGAUGCCCCUUCAGGUCUCCCCCAAGUUUGCUGGGCUUCGGUGGAAGCCCUGAGAGCUUCAGGUCCUGCUCAGCGCAAGGAGCAGUCUGGCAUGGGAGUGAGGCCCCGUCCUUCUCACUGCCUGGUCACAUGGUGCCUAGGGGUGCAGGGCUGGAGGCCAGAGGCGCCAGCAACACUGUGACCCACCACAACCUCCAGCCUCCCUUUCAGAGCCACAUCAUUAAAGUUCGGGGAAUUCUGUA